GGACACAUGCAUUGCGGCAGGAUAUUUUGCAUCGUUUUGGCAUCACAAAGGCUCACACAAAAACAUGGAUUCCUGAGUACUUCCACACUUCUUUCCUUGAUUGAGAAACGUUUUGCAUUUUAACAAAAGACAACUUGUACACCCAAAGUAGCCCAGAAGUUCCAUCUGUAUCACUGAUAUCCGCUGCAGCAACAACAACUGAGGAGCCACUAAACAGAUUGUGUUCCAGAGAAUGGUGACGGGGUUGUGUUUGUGUUUGAGGGAAAUCUGAAAGCAUGGAUCCUGGAGAAAACUGGAUUUCUGAGGAUGUUCCUCAAAGGCUGGAACAAAACAGAGUUCACCAGCUUUCUCUAGACAUGCAGCAAAGUAACAUCAUCCAUUUCCUCGGUGCACAUCCUUGCUACCUCUUGCCCACCCGCUCAUCGGCAGACAUGCUUGUAUCUGAGGACAGCACAUCAGGAACCAUGCUUCAGAGGCUUAUGCAAGAACAUCAGCGAUACGAAACAAAUGGAACUAGAGGAGGCAUAGGAAACAACAGCUCUCAGAUGCAAAGCAAUCCCACAUCAACAGAUAACCUGCUUCUACAAGAGGAGAGACCCCUACAGAGUCAGUCACGACAGGAACCUCAAGGUCAGGAGCAUCAAGUGGACAGCAGCUCCAUGGAGAAGACCGGUGGAGUGGGACAGGUUGCAGGUAGAAUAGUCCAGACAACCCUAAGUUUGCCUAGGUUUGAUACCCUAGAGCUUCCGUCUUAUGAUGAAGCUAAAAUCCAUUCGCACCUUUACAGAGGACAGCAGAGUCCAAUGAACACUCCAUCUCAAAACCCAGGCUACACCCACCAGAGUCUUCAAAACCCAAAUCAGACUCUUCCAAUAAAUCUGCAACAAAAUCAGAACCAGGUCCUUCACAAGGAGGGCCAUCUAAACCUUGUCCACCAAAGUCAGCAGCAACACAACCAGGUCCAACAGACGCAGCAGUUUUCAGUAGAGUCUGACAGCCCCACAGGCUCAUUCUCCUGUCCUCCGUCACUUUCCAAUGCACACUCUCUCUCCUCCCCUCCUUCUCUUUCAUCUUCUUCCACCUCUCUGUCCGCGGUACCUGUGAAGGCCCAUGUGGAGGGUCAAGCGUGGGUCCAGCGAGGGAACACUGGUGGUACGACUCUUCGGGAUGAAGGCCUGGCAGAAUUGAAACAGGGUCAUGUUCGUUCGCUAAGUGAAAGGCUCAUGCAACUCAGUCUAGAUUGCAAUGAUGCUAAGCAAAUUGGGGGACCCUCCAGUUCACCCUGCACAGGAGACACUAUACCUUGUGGGGCUGAGAGUUCAGCAAAUUCCACUUCACCAACUAGCAAGACCUCUACAACUAUACUUCCACCUCCACCACCACCCCUACCCUCACCACAAUGGUCUUUGGAACAAAGAGGUCCUCCCCCAGAAUAUCCCUUUAAGUUCAAGGUAAAAACGAUGUUUCCGGCCACAUUGAACUCCAACCCUGGGUCUCUGGAAUAUGUCCCCCUCUACAGUGACACCUUGACAGCAGCCAUGAUAGAAACAGUGCCACAUUUAAAUGUAGCAAGGCAGUGCCCAAUAUCUCUAAGUUCUUCAUCACAGCACCAACAGCAGAACAGUCCCAUGUUCUCUGAGAGCUGUAUCCUACCCUCUCAGGCUUCUCAACAGCCAUAUCAGGCUAUGUCUUUAUCUCAGUCUCUGAGAUUUCCUGCAGCACAGACUGAAUCUGUGAUACAGGGACUGUCUCUUCGUGAGGCCCCUUUAGGACAGCCUUUCCCAGGGGAAGCAUUUGCCAUGGUGAGCCAUGCACAGCAGAUGCUGGAGAUCUUAAAAGAGGAGAACCAAAGCCUUAGACAAGAGCUUCACCAGCUGAAUGAAAAAGCUUGCAAACUGCUACGGUUAGAGGUGGAGGUUGAGCACCUGUCUGAUGCGUAUGAGAGUUUAGUGAAGAGCUCAUCUAAACGGGAGAGUCUGGAUAAAACCAUGAAGAAUAAACUAGAGGGAGAGAUCAGACGCCUUCAUGACUUCAACAGAGACUUGAGAGAUCGUUUGGAAACAGCAAAUCGGCAACUAGCCAAUCAGGAGCUGAAUAGACAAGAGGAUGGACACUUGUAUCUGUCACAGAGAAGAGAAAGCCUGAAAGAUCUGGAGAAAUUCAAAAUGGAGGCAGCCAGUCUCCGAUCGGCCAAUGAGGAUCAGCGACGACACAUUGAAAUCUUAGAACAGGCUUUGAAUAAUGCUCGGAGUAAAGCCUUCAGAUUAGAGGAAGAGUUGAGUAAAAAGCAGAUGUAUGUGGAGCGUGUGGAGCGGUUGCAGCAGGCACUAGCACAGCUCCAAAUUGCAUGUGAGAAACGAGAGCAGCUGGAGAGACGUCUGCGGACCCACCUGGAGAGAGAACUGGAGGCACAACGAACUCAACAGCGUGCUGGUGUAGGUGUGCCCCUUGCUGUGUGUGAGUCGAGUGCCCCUGCACUGCUGGAUCUACUGAGGGAGAGAGAGGAGAGGAUUCUGGGAUUGGAGGCCGAUAUGACACGCUGGGAGCAAAAGUAUUUAGAGGAGAGUGCAAUGAGACACUUUGCCAUGGAGGCCGCAGCUACAGCUGCAGCACAAAGAGACACAACUAUAAUCCAGCAUUCUCGCAGUGGCAGUUACAGUGACGGGUUACUUUGGCAGCACGAGGAUGAGAAGAGAAUCCAUAACAGUCGCCGCUGCCAGGAAAUGGAGCAAAGGAUGAAGGACUUGCAUGCUCAGCUGCUGGAGAAAGAUGCCAUGAUUAAAGUCCUACAACAUCGUUCCCGUCGAGAACCCACCCUUCUGCGCCCUGCACGCUCUGUGCCCUCCAUAUCCAUAACGACUGGACUACACGUGCGGCAGACCUCGCAGACUGAUCAAAGAGAUCAGCACAGCUGGAAAGGCAGUACAAGUGUACUCUCGGGAAAAGACAGAGUUGAGCACAUCCUUCCCUCUCUGCCCUCUCUUUCACUCUCUGUCUCUUCACCACUCUCUCCUUCAUUCUCCUCUCUGCCCUCCUCUUUUCCUCCCUUCCUGGCCUCUGCAGGUUCAAGCACAUCUUUAAUAACCUCAUCCUCCUGUCUUCUCCGCUCCAACCCUCCCUCGUCCUCUUCCUUGCACUCCUCAGCCUCUCUCCUGCCUCCUGCAUCUUUCUCUCUGCCCUCCAUUUCUCUCCUGUCCCUUCAUUCCAAAUCUGCCAGCAGAGACAGCAGCAGUCAAACAGAGACUUUUAGAGCCGCAUCCACCACAAGACAAGAGAAGACAGAAUCUCAAUCCACCAAGAGCAAAGCCCUAGAUGGUCGAGCACAGCUGAGUGGAGGACAGAAGCUGCCUCUGCCUGAUCCGGACCAGAUGGAGAUCCUCAUCUGAUAGAACAGCACUGGAAAAUCUGUAGCAUUCCUACAGAGAGCACAGCAUUCCAGAGGGAAAGAAAAAGUGAGACAGAGAGAGAAGGAUAAAAAGGAACAAAGGCCCUGUUUACACCUGGUAUUGUUUAUUGUACCUGGUACAUUUUGGGCGAUCCCAUCACAAGUGGACAGGUGAGACAUUUCAAAAAGAUCACCCUAAACACAUCUUGAUACCAGGUGUUAAGGGGCCAAAAGAGAGAGCAGGAGAGAGCACAUGAAUUCUUGUGUUAAAACUUGUGUAUUAUUUAAGCCGUAAAGUUGUUUAAAUCGUUGUUUUGAUGGUUGUUUUAGGGGUUUAUGGUUUAUGGUGUUACGUCAUCAUGGCAAUGAAGUUGUAAAAUUGGCUAUAACUUCACACAGAUGCGGUUAGUAAGUGAUUUUAUCACACUAAAAUCAUGUUAACACACAUAUUGUUUAUGUCUUGUGGCUAUAAUUUUGAAACAGUGAGUAUGGCCCCUAUUCACUUGCAUUGUAAGUGCCUCACUGGAACCUCAAUUUUUGCUUUUUUGUAAGAAAAGGAGGGACGAGUCAAUAUAAAUUUUUAUGGUAAUCAACAUUAUGCCACAAAUGCUGUCAAUUGAUCUUAACUUGUAUUGAACCCAGAAUAUUCCUUUAAAAAAACACUGAAUUUGAUGAUUGAUCAUGAUUCUACUUGUCAGUUUUGGGUGAUUCUCAUGAAACCUGUCAAGAAAAUGUCUUGGGAAUAUUAAACCCCAAAUCAAUUGCUUACAAAAAAAAAAAUAACAUUGUGGUAAUGAGAUUGGGGGGUAAAAUGUGCAUAACUGUCGUGUGUGUGUGUGUUUUUUUUUUGUUUUUUUUUUGCACGUUAGGUUCAGUAAAAACCCUCUUAUCAAGUUGACUAGGACUUUUCACACUAUGCUAAACCCUGGGUAAUGUUUCACACUUUAAAAGAGGGUUAUCAAACGUUCCAGGUGCUAACCCUGAAUUGUGAUGCCAAACGUAUAUUGUUUAUAUACGUAUUUAAAGUAUGAACAUGGAACAAAAUAACCCAGGAUUACGGUAACUAUUUUAAGUGUGAAAAGCCCAUAUGUGGUUCUUUAGAGACUGAUAAAGUUUAUGCAAACAUGAUAUUACAUGUAAAGGUUCUUCAGAUUGUUUUUUUUUCCCAGUACAUUUUCUAAAGAAACCAUUGAAUAAAAUAUUCUAUAAAGGUUCACAUAUACAAAAGCCUUCAUUCUAAUCAGAACCUUUAUUUUAAAGAAUGUUAUAAAUGUCUUAAGCUGCCUUCUGUCUUAGUUUUUCAGCUGCCUCUUGUAUAAGCGCAUUCCAUGGAGCUGUUUAUUAGGAUAAAAGUUGUUUAUAAUAUUUGGAGCAAUAUUUUGUGUGGAUGGAUGUAUCUACCAAAAAAAUACUGUUUAUUGUUAUACUGUAUGUACAGAAAUUAUAGCUUCAUUCUCAGACUAAACGAGUGAAUGUUGUGUCUAUUGAUUGAACUUGCUGCAAAUACGAGUAGUGAUUAAUUAAAUAAUUUUACAACAAUAACUACUGUUUUGCUUCAUGUAUGUAAAAACACCUGGAAUAAUGUCUCAUACAUGAUAAUACCAUAAGUCCGCAAGUUGCCUUUAAUUUUGCAGUACCCUGACAUUGGCCCC